AUGCAAUCAGUAAUAAUCGCUCCUCUGGUAAUUGCCGCCUGUGUGCUGGCCCUAGUAGGAGGUGCCAACUCCGAGUGCUGCCAAGACAUGAAGACGGUCCAGUACAAAAUAUCCGGUGGAGACUGCGGUGAUGUUGGCGGUGAGAAAUCUGGUGACUCCUGCAGCAUCAUAAUUUGCGGCAACGGCGAGGCCGUGGUGGGUACAUACUGCGGCAAGGGUCCUUGCAACUUGUUCGGCUGUGCCUGCAAAAAUGGAUGCCUACAGGGCAACUGGGUUGAUGAUUUCUUGGCCAAAAACAGCCGAUACUCUAUCGAUAUUAUUAAUGUACAUUAA